ACCUUCUCUUAAGCUUUUCAUUAGAACCUGUUCUGUUUCAUGGUUUCUUAAUCUUCUCUGCAUUCAUGUACAUACACACACAUAUAUCAUCUUUGUCGGACUUUGCAUAAGCAGAAGCGAAAUCCAAACAAUGACGUGUUUCACGGACCACCGUGACUUAUCCAGAGCCACUGCAACUGGGUACUUGUUUCUCCUACUACUCUUCUCUUCCUUCAUCAACAUUUGGUCUUCUUGCUCUAAUGGAAGUUGCCAGGUAGUGGAUUCAUGUUCCCACUCUACAGAUUGUGGUCCAGGUCUUUUUUGUGGGAACUGCCCUGCUUUGGGCAAGACUCAACCUUUUUGUAUAAGAGGCCAAGCCACCAUACCCACUUCUGUUAUUGGUGGAUUACCUUUCAACAAGUAUUCAUGGUUGGUGACUCACAAUUCCUUCAGCAUAGUGGAUGCUCCAGCUUUACCAGGAGUUCAAAGAUUCACAUUUUACAAUCAAGAAGACACUGUUACUAAUCAAUUGAAGAAUGGAGUUAGGGGACUGAUGUUGGACAUGUAUGAUUUCAAUGGCGAUAUUUGGCUCUGCCAUUCAUUCCGCGGGCAAUGUUUUAACUUCACUGCCUUUAAUCCUGCAAUUAACACCUUGAGGGAAGUGGAAGCAUUCUUGAGCAAAAAUCCAUCAGAGAUUGUAACCAUUAUAAUUGAGGACUACGUGCAUACACCCAAAGGACUGACUAAGCUUUUUAAAAAUGUUGGUUUGGACAAGUAUUGGUUUCCAGUGUCCAAGAUGCCAAAAAAGGGUGAAGAUUGGCCUACCGUAACUGAAAUGGUGAAAGCAAAUCACAGGCUUUUGGUCUUUACUUCUGUUGCUUCAAAGGAAGAGGAGGAAGGGAUUGCUUAUCAAUGGAAGUACCUAUUGGAAAAUGAAGCUGGAGAUCCAGGUGUAAAGCCAGGCUCAUGCCCCAACAGAAAAGAAUCACAGCCGUUUAACUCGAAAACUGCCUCUCUUUUCCUUAUGAAUUACUUUCCAACUUACCCAGUUGAAGAUGAAGCUUGCAAAGAGCAUUCGGCACCACUUGCUGACAUGAUCCGCACUUGCUACAAAGCAGCUGGGAGUAUGAUGCCCAACUUUUUGGCAGUCAACUUUUACUUGAGGAGCGAUGGAGGUGGUGUUUUUUAUGAUCUGGAUAGCAUGAAUGGUCAGAGAUUAUGUGGAUGUAAUACCAUUGCAGCCUGCCAGGCUGGGGCACCCUUUGGAUCUUGUAAGAACAUUUCAAUGCCUACACCGAGCCCAAUGACAAAUUCUGUCGGAACCUUUUCCGGACCUGUUCAGUUCUCAACAUCCACUUCAACAGUCUAUCAUCCUAAUCACUUAAUUAUUGCCUUGUUUUCAUUUCCAUGGAUAAUUUCAUUAUUUUUCUAGAAUAGAUAGUUUUCAGGAUAAAAUCGAGUCAUCUACACCUUUAGGAGGGCUUAUAAUAUAUGUUGCUAUGUAAAUUUUGGGUCCUGGCUUAUCGAGGAAUGCGUGUUAGAGUCAUAGAAUUUGAUUACACAAUCAAGAGAUUUCUUGAGAGAUUCUUCUGUUCAA